UCCGUGCAGCUCUGCCAGCUUAGUUACAUUGACUGUUGCUAAUGAAAGGGAAUGUGGCUCGCUCUCUACUCAGCAUACCGGAGUUGAGCUUCCUGAGUCAGACGCUGCUGCCGAGUGCCUCCAUUGCGACCCGGAAGGAAGCCUGGACUGAUCAGCUCAGCUGCUGCCUAGACUCCCUCUGUAUCCAGCUGGGGAGGCCCCUGGGGCAGCCCCGGGCUCUGCCACACCAGCCCCUGAGCCGGAGCCUGCAGGGACUUGUGACCUUCAGAGAGGUGGCUGUGUAUUUCUCCAAGGAGGAAUGGGCUCUUCUGGACCCUGGUCAGAAAGCCCUCUACAGGGACGUCAUGCAGGACAAUUAUGAGACACUGAUCUCACUGGGAUUUGUGACUCCUAAACCUGACUUGAUCUCACAGCUAGAACGAGGAGAAGUGUCAUGGGUCCUGGAUCUCCAGGGCUCUGAGAAAAGGGACAUGCUGACAGGAACCUGCAUAGCAGGUGAUGGGACAAUGAAUGAGAACAAGGAGGAGAAUUCUCAGCAGGAAGGUCCUGAGCAAGUGGAACCCCAGGGGACGUUAUCAGGAAGAUCGGAAGGGUUUGUUUCCCAGACUUCUGAGCAGGGAGAAGCCUGUCAGACACAGCUCAGGCCUCAGAGAAACCUCUCUGGGGAGACAAGGGGUAAAUCCAGUUACCGUGGGAGAAGUCUCAAAGGCAUCCCAAUCUGUCAGGCGACCCACUUGGGAAAGGGACCAAAGACACUUGGUGACUCAGGGGAAAGAUACAAUAGCAUCUCACACGUUAUUAGUCAGCAGAGAAUCUGCAGAGCAGGAAAAUCCAAGAAAUGCACUGACUGUGGAAAAAGUUUUGCUUAUAAAUCGGAACUUGAUAGACACAAUAGAAUCCAUACAGGAGAUAAACCCUAUAAAUGCCUCAACUGUGGGAAAAGCUUCACUUUGAGCUCCACCUUGAUAAAACAUCAGAAAACUCACACAGGGGAGAGACCCUAUAAGUGUCCUAACUGUGGGAAAAGCUUCCGUCAGAGUUCGCACCUUGCUAGACAUGAGGGAACCCACAGGGAAGAAAAGCCCUUUAAAUGCCCUGACUGUGCAAAGCAUUUCAGCUGCACCGCAAACCUUCUUACCCAUCAGAGAAUCCAUACGGGAGAGAAGCCCUACAAGUGUCAACACUGUGGGAAAAACUUCACACACCAUUCAUACCUUCUGGGCCAUCAGAGAAUCCACACAGGAGAGAAACCCUAUAAGUGUCGACACUGUGGGAAAAGCUUCACACACCGCUCAAACCUUAGUACGCAUCAGAGAAUCCACACAGGAGAGCGACCUUGCAAACCUAAGGACUGUGAGAAAAGCUUCAGUGUGAGCUCAGAUGUGAUUGGCCAAUAAAAGCUGGAAGAGAGACUGGUGGCGGAUAGAAACCAUCUUCAACAAAGACUGUAUCUUGCUAGGUUAAGUUAUAGCCUUUUAGAUGAAUUUUCACUUUUAUUUGCUUGUAACUGUUUCCGAUUUUAUCCCUUUUACUUGGUAUCACUUAAUCUAUGUUCUUUUGUUAAGAAGUUUGUUUUGCUUUCAUUCUAAAUCAUCACUGCUGUGUAAGUUUAGUAAAGUGUGCGCUUCUAGAAAGUAGACAGGAUGGAAUGUUUUACUAGGCCUCUGUAAGGGCAGAGAACCUAAAUGUUUCUGAGGGUUCAGUGGGAGGGACUGGUCCCCGCUGUAGGAUGGUUUUGGGGUGAACUCAGGGCUGGGAGGGUACUGAGGUCAGUCUGCAAGGAGUAACUGGAUUGGGCAAAGCCAGGGUGAAGCUUAUGGGCUGCUGGCAGGUUGCUGAGGGGGGAAGAGCUCUGAACCAAAGCUACAGAGCCACAAAUCAUCCAUGGGUACAAGGGAAACACUGACUGAAUCCCUCACUGGCAUGGAUGAACUCCAAAUCAUCACACUUGGCAGCCCACUAUCCUCAAAAACAUCUCCAUUCCCCAUGAAUAACAUCAUUUCUCUGCUCAUGCACCUAAACACCCACUCUGGGAAAACCCAAAGAAGUACAUUUUGGGACUCAAUGGUCAAUAAAUGUAGACUGGCUGGCUAGCACCACACCUACGAAUACCAGCAUGUGGGUCCUCUUUCUCUGGGCCAGUUGCCAUGGAAACUGUUCCAAGGGUAUUGAGAGACCCAUCCAUUCCCCACGCUUCAGUGUGGUCCUGGAUGUUUCAUGGCUGGCUCUCCACAACUCCCUUAUCUGCUGGCCUGAACUAACAGUUGAAUUUUUCUCAGAAUUCUGCCUACAGCAAUGCUUGACCCCAGGAAAUGGGCAGUGGGCACUAGUUCCUCAGUGGCUGCAUGCCAGGGGUAGCUGGCCAGGCAGAGCUAUCUGCUGAGUAUGGUCCUUGACUUCUGUCCAAAUACAGCAACUACAGUGAUGUGUUUUGAAAACAAACACAGACACUGUGCCCAGUCACGCUAUAACCAGGGGCAAACAUUCUGUUCUUACAUACAUAUAUAUAUAUAUAUGGUAUGUUUGAGCCGGAACUAGCUGUGCUGUGCAUCGAUCAUCUGUUGACCUCACAUAUGCUCCAUUCUGUGCCUAUGUACGCACACCAACAAGCCCCACAAUAAACCCGUCAGAUGCCUGCAGCCCCUCAAGACUUCACCUGGCAUAGUCACUGCUUUAGAUUUUGUUAUAGAACUACUUGAGUCCAAUGGGUUCACAAUGGGUGGAUGUUUUGCUGGCUUCCAAAUUAAUUAAAUAUGAAUGUAUUUGUAAAAUGGGGAAAAUGUAUGAUUUUCCUUGAAAUCCUGACUGGUUAUAUUUAGGCUUCAAAGAAUUAGAUUUUUAUCGAUAAAUGUCAAUAACCAUCAAUUUUGCUGUACAGACAAGCCAACAAUAAAACAUUUCCAUCGAUGAUAAUCUAAAUUUAUAGAUAGGCAAAGUAAGAAAAAUGCUGCUUGAGAACUUGUUAGAGUUUGAUUUAAGGCAAUUUACUUUGUAUAUUUUGACGUGAUGUUGCAAAGUUGUGUUUCAAUGCUUAUAAAAAAUUAAAUGUUUGAAUCACCACAUCUAUUGUCAUUAAGAAAAAACUAUUCUCUGACUCCCCCCAACUUCCCACAACUCUGAAAAAUUAAAUAAAUAUGCUUAAAAUCAAUAUUAUCGGUUCA